GGGUGUCCUGCUUGUCAGAUGUCUAAUGGCCUCGGUUGUUUCCUGCAUUUUGGGGUGCUGUGCAGACAGGAGGCAUGGGCAUGUACCUCUUGAAGAAAUGCCUGUGGUUCUGUUAGACACACAGCAUAUGGGUUCAGAUGUGGUUGUGAUUAAGAGUGGUAGACGGAUAUGUGGUACGGGUGGCUGCCUUUCCAAUGCUCCACUACAUCAGAACAAGAGCUACUUUGAGAUCAAGAUUCAUUCCAUGGGAUUGUGGGGUGUAGGUGUGGCUACUCCAAAAGCUAACCUCAAUCAGAUCCCUAUGGGACUGGAUGCCCACAGUCUAGUCCUCAGAAAUGACGGCUCAGUGUACCAUAACAAUGAGGAGAAGAAUCGGUUACCAGCCAACAGCCUACCACAAGAGGGCGAUGUUGUGGGCAUAACAUAUGACCACGUUGAUCUGAAUUUGUAUUUGAAUGGAAAGAACAUGCACUGUCCAGCCUCAGGAAUCCAUGGAACAGUUUUCCCUGUUGUAUAUGUGGAUGACAGCGCCAUCUUAGACUGCCACUUCAGUGAUUUCAACCAUGCACCACCCCACGGUUUUGACAAAAUAAUGUUUGAGAAGCAGAUCUUCUGAGAGCCAGUGCUGCACCAGUCUGAAGUGAACUGCAUCCCUGUGCCAGUCUCUCUCCAACUGGUUCUGCAUCUCUUCUUCUGGGCAUUGUGCGUUACAGCCGUGUACAACAUCCCCAGGCUUUUGAAUGGAAAUAUAUUCAUAAGAAGUA